CAAAACGUCGUGUCAGAGUUAAACGAGUCGAAGCUUUAUAUAGGCAUAGUACAUUUAUAAUUCGUCGUCCUCCCUCACUGCUCUGUUGCUCAACCCUACUGUGAUACCUAAUCCCGUGAUGGCCCAAUGGCUUUCCGCCAGCCAAUUAAAAUAAAGGAGGCUGAAGGCAACACGCAACACAUCGCCGUGAUAAUGCUGCUUUGUCAACUACUCUCGUCCAGGUGUUUUUUAUUUGUCAUCCUUUUUCCUGUUUUGGUUGGUGCAGAACAAGAUUUUCAUUAUGACACUGAUGUAUUGAUUCUAGGUGCUGGUAUAAGUGGAAUAGCUGCAGCACAGACAUUGCACAAGGCGGGUAUCGAAGAUUUCAUUAUUCUAGAGGGUGCUGAUCGAAUAGGGGGGAGAGUUAAAGAGGUAAAAUUCCACGGAACUACGAUUGAACUUGGUGCUAACUGGAUACAAGGAAUAAAGCACAAUCCUCUGGCUACUCUCGCAAAAAAAUACGGACUGCAGGGGAAAAUAGAAGUGGGAUCGUACAUCGUUCGUGAUGGCAAUACCGGUGCAAACGCAACAGCCAAAGGACACCUUGAUAAAUUCAACCAAGCUCGCGCUGUCAUGGAGAAGAUGAGAGACGAAAGAAGAAAGAAAAAAGAAGAAGAUAUUUCAUGGCGUGUCGGUUUGAGAUUAGCAGGAUGGUAUCCUUCGACUCCCGAAGAAGUAGUUACAGAAUAUGGACAGGCUGACUUCGAAUAUGGCGUUCCACCAAAAUAUAUUUCGAGCAGAACACACAUGCGAACGCACUGCUCGAUUCACUCGCCUUUGGGAAAACAAAUGUUUGUAACAGAUCAAAGAGGAUUUAUAUUUUUAAUUGAGAAAAUUGCCGAAGAGUUCUUAAGGAAAAAUGAUUCUCGUUUGAAAUUGAACAGCAGGGUAAAGUCUAUUAUGUAUGACGAUAAGAAAGUAACGGUGUUGACAAAUAAUGGACACAACAUCACGGCUAAAAGGGCGUUAAUCACCUUUAGUAUAGGAGUACUAAAGAGCGGGCAGAUCAAGUUUAUCUCAGAUCUUCCUCCCUGGAAGAUACAAGUGAUAUUUCAGCUUAAUAUGAUACUCUAUACCAAGAUUUUCCUUAAAUUUCCUUACACAUUUUGGGACGAUGAAGAAUAUAUUUAUUUAGCAUUCAAACACCGUGGGUAUUACCCAGCAUGGCAGAACUUAUGUGACAGAGUCAAAAGACACUAUUUCGGACAGUAAUUAUUUAGUCAUAAAUCUAUAUUUUUAAUUAGGAAUGCCUCGUGUACACAUAGGAAUGUAAUUCUUUAGUUAACUGUUUGCGUGGAAAAUGCGUAAGCA